AUGCAGAAUUCAAGCCAGAAGGCAAAGACUUCGGCUUUGUCAAGGAUCAAUUUAGAUGAGAGUGAAGAUGAAGGCUGGGCCAUUAUUUCUUCGUCGUCAAUGUCGGAUGGCGAACGAUCAACCACCAGCUCCACGGAUCAGCAUCUGUUGGUGGUAAAGGAGCAAGAUUAUUCGUUGCUUGGUGGCUCGGCUUUCAGAAUACCCAAACUUGUCACUGGACGCACCAAUGGUGAUCAUGGCAAUGACAAUGACAAUGACAAUGACGAGAAUCACGAUGAAAUUGUUGAAAUGCGCCACGCUCGCAAUAGAGACGGUUCGUCCGCGUCCGCGCCCGCAUUGGCUCCUCCGUCUUCGCAGCCUACGCCUUCGUCCUCGUCUUUGGCUUCUCCCUCCUCCUCCUCCUCCCCCUCUUCCUCGUCCUCGUCCGCGUCGUCGCCACUGGAUUCAAACUUUGGCUCCGGCUUGAGCAGGGAAGCUUCCAGCAAGUCCACUGAUGUCGGUACCAAAAUCAAGUUUUUUGAAAACAUCAACCAUUUCAACGACUCGAUCAAACAAAAAUCCAAUGAUUUUUACGAAUCGUACGCCAAAGCCAAGAUUGAGCAGUUGAGCAACUACAUCAAUGACCAGAGUGUCUUGAGUCAAGAAGGCGCGAAAAAGACGGAGCUUGGAGAAGAGGAAGCCAUGGCUGAAGCUACCGAUUUGGACAACACCCUCGAGCUUCAAGUUCCUGAAAGCUCCAAGCCAUGCGACAACACGAAGGACAGAAACAAUUUGAAACCGCAAAUUUUGGAAACUAAAGAAACUAGUGCGGCAAGUUUGAGCUUGGGUGAGAAAUUGUUGCAACACGUUUAUGCCAAUCACAUCUACUAUGUGGCAAUAUUUGCCCUCGUUAGUGCAAUCCCAAGCUUGUACGCCACGUAUCUUUUCUAUAUACACGCAACACCAAAGCCACUUUCAACAUGUGACAAGUUGUCGAGUUACUGGAGUGACCUAGUAUAUGAGAAACAAAUCGUAACGCCCCAAACGAGCUUGUUUUCCAUUUUUGGACAAAAGACCAUCAAGAUCAAUAGGAUUUCAAAAUUUGGCAAGCAAUUGCAAAACGCCUGGAUUUCGCAAGUUUAUGAAGGGACAGCGGCGCAAUGCUGGGCGAGUGCCAAAGACGAGGCAAAGAAAUUCACUUUUACCACAAGUUCUCAGUUCAAGUCCAACUUCAAGUCCCUAGUUGAUAAUCUUAAGGAAUUAAGCCGCAGCAGCAGCAGCAGCAGCAGUAGCAGCAGCAGGUUUUACUCAGUUGAUACCGCAAGACAUUUUGCUAAAUUUUGGAAUGAGGCUGUACUGGAAAAGCUAGCUGUCGCUGGCAAAUUCUCGCGCGAUAAGCUAUCGGCAACCAGUGUAGUUACUGGCCAUCUUGUCAAGAAUUGGAUGAACAACGCCGGAUCACAAGCCCAACUGUUUUGGACAAAAACCGGCCCCUUAGUUGCUACUCAGCAAAAAACCUUUUUUGAAUGGGGCAAAAACGCCAUAAGUGAAAGCGUUAAGAUCAAGGAUGUCGUGGCGCGCAAUACCCGUGGCUUGCAAGAUUCAGUGCUGGCCUUGUGGCAGGGGGCGAUCCCUAAAGUCAAAGGAGAGUUGCAAAGCCAGUCUAUCUUUGUUUACAAGAAGUCUGUUGAAGCUAGACGUUUUUUUUGGCAGUGA